AAAAAAAAUAUGCUAAUUAGGUUAUGAAUUAAAAAAUAAUCAACAUAAAUUUAACAAUGAAUAAAUAUUGAAAAAUUGUAAUAAAAUUAAAAUGUAUUAAAGUAUGGUGCACUUAUGAUCAAAAUCUAAAUUUAAUAAAGUCGUCAUCAAUAAGUUAAGCUUUCAAUUCAGCAUCUUCAGUUUGUAUUUUGUAGUUUGUAUCCUAAUCCCUUGGCAAAAUUAAGAACUCAAUUUUUAUGAAAUAAGAUAAUAGGGGGAAAAAACAGCCCAUAAAUAUAUAGACGGAAUACCGUCUUGUCGAAAUUCUUUUAUGCUUCUGAAUUUUAAUUUUUUGGGUUGAUAAUGCAUAUUUUCAUAUAUAAUAUUAGUUAAAAUUUGUGAAUUUUAUUUAAAAAAAAGAAGAAGAAGAAGUGAUAAUCAGGUUGCGGAAAAGAUUUGAAUUGGCUAUAAUAGCUCAAUAAUUUCGUGAUUAGAUCUGAAUCUCAGAGAUAUUUCGGAAAAUUUCACUCAGAGGAUGUCCCAGGACUCCCUGUCGGAACCCGACCCGCGUGAUCCCGAUCCAGAACCCGAAUUUAUCGAGGUUGAUCCAUCUGGUCGAUACGGUCGGUACAAAGAAGUUUUGGGCAAGGGAGCUUUCAAAAAAGUAUAUAGAGCGUUUGAUGAAUGGGAAGGAAUAGAGGUGGCAUGGAAUCAGGUUAAAGUUGCAGAUCUCUUGAGAAAUUCCGAGGAUUUGGAGCGAUUGUAUUCCGAAGUUCACUUGCUAAAAACUCUUAAGCACAAGAAUAUUAUCAAGUUUUACAACUCGUGGAUCGAUGCCAAGAAUGAGCAUAUCAACUUCAUUACGGAAAUUUUCACUUCUGGCACUUUGAGACAGUAUAGGAAGAAACAUAAACGUGUUGAUUUGAGAGCUCUGAAAAAAUGGUCCAGGCAAAUUCUUGAAGGGCUUUCAUAUCUUCAUAGUCAUGACCCGCCAAUUAUUCAUCGGGACUUGAAGUGUGAUAAUAUUUUUGUGAACGGGAACCAAGGGGAGGUGAAAAUCGGUGAUCUUGGACUUGCUGCUAUUCUUCGUAAGGCUCAUGCAGCUCACAGUGUCAUUGGCACGCCUGAGUUCAUGGCACCAGAGCUUUAUGAGGAGGAAUACAACGAGCUUGUAGAUAUCUAUGCCUUUGGUAUGUGCUUGCUGGAGCUCAUGACGGUCGAGUACCCGUAUGUUGAAUGUGCCAAUGCUGCUCAGAUAUAUAAAAAGGUUACAGCGGGGAUUAAACCUGCAUCAUUAGGAAAAUUGAAGGAUCCUGGAGUCCGAACAUUUAUCGAAAAAUGUAUUGCAAAAGUCUCUGAGCGGUUAUCGGCCAAAGAGCUACUGAAUGAUCCUUUUCUCCAGUCAGACGAGGAUUCUAGAAGUAUAGGUCGAUCCCUGCAUUCUCAUCUUCUAAAUGCAGAUGACAAUCGUGACCAGUUUGACUCAGGAAAAAUGCCCGAGGACAUCAUUCCCGAGGGAAGUUUAGACUUCUCGGUAUAUGGUCAAAGGAAAGACCAGAAUACUAUAUUCUUGAAACUCCGAAUAGCAGAUUCUUCAGGACGUAUUCGGAAUAUUCACUUCCCAUUUGAUAUUGAGGUGGAUACAUCAACUGCUGUAGCUAGUGAAAUGGUUGAGGAGCUGGAUUUGACAGAUCAUGACGUCUCGAUAAUUGUUGACAUGAUUGAUUCUGAAAUUCGAUCCCACAUUCCAGAUUGGGAACCCGUAGAAAUCUAUGGCAAUAUUAUUUCUGGGGAAGCAAUUUCUACAAGCGGUAGAUCUGGAGGUCAGGAUGAUGCUUCUCACACCGAAAUUGAUUCUGCUCACUCUGGUUCUUCCCCCAUGACAAAUGAUUCUGCUCGUACUGGCCCUCUUGUUUUGGAAAGACUGCCGUCAGGUCGUAGAUUUUGGUCCGAUUCACCCAAAACUAGUGUUGCAACCUCUCCACUGAGGCCAAUACCGUCAAAGGCAGAUUCAGUUGCCUCUGGAGAUAGCUGGUCUGAAGAAAAUUCACCAUCCUCAAUUUUUCAUAAAGAUGUGAAUAGAUCCCUUGAUGCUUCGCCGCUCAGGCAUGUGGAAAACGAGUUUGAUCAUGAUAUUUGCACAGAAGUGGAUGGGCCUCAUGCUUUCGAAGAAAAUACAAUACCGAGUGAAACCAAAUCUAACGACAUCAAACUUGUUGUUAAAAAACUAGAACAUUUAUUGGACAAGCAGCGAAGGGAGCUAGAUGAACUUAAGCAGAGUCAUGAACUGGCUGUCUCGGAUCUUUUGAAUGAACAUCCUCCCGAGAUGCGUCAUAAAGUUCUUAGUAUCGGUGACUAGAUAAUAUCUGAAGAUAAGCUGAAUGAUGAAACAUGCAAUUUGAUUCAUAAGUUCCGAGGAUCAAGAUUGAAGAUUCCUCCUUGCGGAUGCAAGUUUUGUUCUCUAAAAUUCAAACUCGCUCUCAGAUUAUAAUUUGGAUAAUUGUUUGAUUACACCAGUUGUACUCAUCCUUAUGGUUCCAAGAUAUUUCAGAAAACUGAGAAGUGGAGACCGAAAACAGGACUUGCUUGGCGAAAACAGUAGCUAUGGACCUAUCUUUAGAUACAUUUACCACAUGGCAAGACGGAAUAUCAAGUCUGACUUGAGAAUUGCAGAAAUUUUAAGAGAUGAUGCGGUACAGUUGUACCCUUGUUGAACAUUCUACUUUUAAAGCAUGCUCCAGAAUUUACUUUUCUGUGAACUAUGCAGUUAAUGUGAUGGUGUUGAUUGAUUUUACACAUUUUAUAUGCAAUAGGUAAGUAUACAUGUACAUAGAAUACAUGUUUGUACAUUGACAUGACAAAAAGCUGAUUCUUUGGUAUCGCUGUGUGUCGAAAAAUAUAUUGAGAAUUUAUGUGAGCGACUUGGAUAGCAGCACGGAUGAAUUUUUUCUGAUGUCGAACAGGGAUUUCAGACUUCAUGCCGCAUUUGUCUACCACCAGCCUGUAUUACAUUGUUUCUGUUGGUUGCGGAACAUUAUUGUUGCCUUGCUUGUUAUUGAUGCUAGUUGUGUUAUUUGCAAUACA